CUCUUACCAUUAAAUGGAACAAUACCAAAGUUCUAGUGAUAUGGAGAUAUGUACUCCUACAGCUGAGCAAGGACGGAGCGAAGAGGAUGAUUUGCAAGUAGUAGAUAUAAGCAGCGAAGAAUGUGAGAUGCUCGAUGAUGAUGACGGUCCGGAGCAGGUUCAAUCUUCAGAACUACGUUUAUUUAGUCUUGUACGCCGAAGAAGAUUGAAAGUAGAUGAUAUAUGCCUGCAAUUUAUCGCGUCCUAUAGAAAUAACGCCAGGAUGGCCCUUCUAAGAUUUAUGCAGUUUGUUGUGGACGCCAGCAGCUUAUCAGAAUAUCAAGUGCCCGAAAAUUUGGCAUUUCCAUUUCCCUACAAUGAAAUUCUAGAAUCGGCAUACACUGCAAAUAUUGUAAGUGGGUUACUACAUCCGCCAGUAAACAUGGCUUCAAAACAUCUAAAGGAGAUUGUGGCCAACUUUGUGCAAACAUUGCUUAAGACCGCUAAUGACAGCUCCAUCAUCUUCAAUGAUAGCUUUUUGCAAACUAUAACAGACUUCAUUAGCACCUGCUGCGAUUCGAAUAUACGUUCGGUUCGUUAUACGGGGACACUUAUUGGCGUGAAAAUGCUGACGACCUUGAAUGAUUUGGUAGCCGUGGAGUACACGAAGCUGGAGCCACUCUGGAUGGGAAUGUUUACUCGCGUGUUUUUGAAACGCUGCCGUGAUGUGGUCGAGGCCAUUCGACUCAUCUGCAUAGACGAGCUUGGAAUCUGGCUUCUGAAGUAUCCGCAGUGCUUCCUCAAGCAAUUUCACAUUGAACAUUUAUUUGAGGCGUUGAUGGAUAAGGCAAGCAAAGUGCGUGAAAGCAGCCUCAUGUCAUUAUUGGAACUGUUCAAGAAUGAGUCUCUGCAACCUUUAUAUCAACGAUUUGGCAUGAAGUUUGAGAAAGUUCUUCUUGCAUUCUCAGUGAACACUGAGAGCGAGGUGGGGGAGUACGCCGUUAAGCUGCUUGUUUCACUCUACAACCUUAGCAAGGCUACGUGCCAGAUAAUUGAUAAGUUGGUCUUCGCUGCCGAUCGUGGCUUGGCGCAGGCCGCAGCCGAGCUGGUCAACUACCGCCUGAAAUUAAAAAGCGAAGUUAUCAAUGGACCUGGGGAACAGCACUCCACUCUUAUUCGAAAACUGCUCAAAUUCUUCCUUGACUUCGGCGAGCACGAGCAUACUGCCUACUAUGUGGAUGCCUUGUACAACACCAAUGACAUCAUCGUGGACUGGUCUUGCAUGGUUAAUAUGCUCUUGGUAGAGCCAUCUGAAGACGCGGCUCUCAGCAGUAGGGAGGUGUCAGUCUUAAUUGACAUUAUGGUGCGCGGCAUUAAGCAGUCGGUUACUGGGGAAAUUCCUCAGGGUCGCUACACGAAGGACCUAACGCGACAACCAAAUCCGUCGGCACGUCUGUCAGUUACAGAGAUCUUCGAAAUCAAACUCAGCCAACUAAUUCUGAAGUAUAGAUGCAAUGAUAAUUUUGAGGAUCUCAUCAAUUUGAUCAAAAUACCGCGGUACAUGGACCUGACCGUGUGCAUUACUGGCACUUUAAGCACUCAAUGGCAUCAGCUGCUCGAUCAUCUCGUUGAUAUAAUGUUCAAAAAUCCAAAUGACAGAGUAUUGAAGACUUGCGCCAAAACAUUGAGUUUCAUAUUCGGUACGCUGCUGGAGUUCCCGUCGAACAUCUUGGAGGCACGACGCAGGGAAUUUCUUCAAAACGCUGUCAUCAACUAUAAGAUGGCUGAAAAAACGUGGCAUGAUUCUGCUCUGGGUACGCAUGAAUCUCGAUGGCAGCGGUUGCUGGAUAAACUGAAAAUAUUGACAGUUAUAUAUGCUUACUUUGAUCUGAGUAGCUGGAGUGUGAGUGCGUCCCUCUUCUCGAAUUUUCAGAAGGCGGCAACAGAUUUGGCGGAAAGCUCAAUGCCUGAAGCGGCUGUGCAUUUGUACCUGGAAGUCUGUUACAUGUCCCUGAGCUGGGAUCUCAAAAACUUGACUACUGCAGACGUGUUAGAGGCCGGCUUAAACGAAGCCUGCGAAAGCUUGCAUCAAAAUCGUGAUACUUUUCUCCAAGCAGGUUUUACUUUAAUAGAAUGUACACGGGAUUUGAGAGUGAGUGAGAGAUCUUUCGAGUAUGUUUGCGAUGUUCUGGUGCUGUUUGGAGAUCAGCUGCGCCGAUGCUCAACUGCUGCUGUGCGAAAUCUGGAGUACAAGUCGAAAAUGAAUGAACACGAACUGCUUGAAAGCUUUUUAAAACUACAGAUCUUUAUGGAAGAGCCUAGUGAGCUGGUGAAGGAGGCGCGGAUUGAAGAAUUGCAGAGAAAUCGGCGUCUUCUGAUCAGCUACUGUAAGCUGGUAUCCUUCAAUGUGGUCCCGAUGAUGCGUGCCUCUUCCAUUUUUCAGUAUUUCGAUCAGUACUAUAAGCCAUAUGGUGAUAUUUUGAGAUUUGCUUUGGAGCGUAUUCUGCCCAUAAAUCCCAUCAACUUUGGCAUGACUCUGCUGCACACUUGCAUAGGCGCCUACAACCGAUUUUGGAAUUUGCCGAGGUUCUGA